GCGAAGGGGAAAAUGUGUAGUGCUUGUUGAGACUGGAAAUACGCAUUCAAUCUGGACGCAGUUGGACAAAAUUCCAAAGCAAAAUACGAUCAGUUAAUUGUACAUCCUGAAAAAGACUUCAGUGAAACACUACCUAUCGAAUUAAACUUAGACCAUGUAAAACUUAAGUGAUGACUGAAGUUAUGGAGCAAGAGGAUGAAUAUGGAGGAGGAACAACUGAUGAGUAUGAUCCUGAUGAAGACACACAGAAAAUUGACAACCCAGAGGAAGGGGAGCAAGGAGGAGAGGAUGAGGCACAGGAAGGGCAGGAGGAGGGUGAGGAAGGAGAUGUAGACCAGGAAAAGGGGAGGCACAAACGAAAACGUCACAGGAGCAGCCAGGAGGACAUUGAGGGAAAUCGCAAGUAUGGGGACUCGAGAAGAAGAGGUCACAGGUCACAUGAUUCUGACUACAAAAAAUUUAAACGCUCAGGAAGUGAUCGUUCAGAAGGUGAGUUUGAUAGGCAGCAUUAUCAUGGGGUAGAAUACUCUGACCAGGAGGAUGGACAAAGAGAUAAUGAACGCAGACGACAUAGGAGAUCAGAAGAUAGGGAUCACAAGGGAAAGCACAGGAGGCAUGGAAGACAUCGGAGAGAAAAAUCCAAGAGCAAGGCAAGAUUAGAUGAUUCCCGAAGCAGUCAGGACAUGGAGGCUGAAGAUGGUGAAAUCCUGGAGGAUGGAGAAAUUGAUGAUGAUGGGGAUGAUGGUAGUGAACAUGGGGAGGAGAACCAAAGAAAUGGUACCAGAAUGGAUCAUCAAGGUAGCAGAAGAAGACAUGACAGGGAUGGAGGAAAGUCAGGAGAUAGCAGACGAGAUGAAGAUUACCCAGAUGAUGAUUAUGAGGAAGGAGGAACUGAUCAAGAAAUGGGGCAUUCAAGGGAUAGGCACGAUAAAAGACGGCCUCAUUCUCGAGGAGGCAGACAUGGAAGGGAGAGAGACCGGAGAGACCGCAGAGGAAGGCGGGAUGACAAGCAACAAAGAAACAAAGGGAAAAGGCCCCCUAAAUACCAUGAUUAUGACAAUGUGGAUGAUGAAAAUCAGCAGGGGUGGAUGUCGCACAAAAAGAAUUCUUCAGGCAAUCAUAAACAUGAUUAUGACUCCCAGAACUAUGGAGGAGAUCGGAGAGGGGAUAGGUUUGAGAGCCCUCCUGGUCCAUAUGACAGUCCAUCAGAUGAAGAUGAAGAAUUUGAUGGCCAUCGUGGUGAUAGAUCCAAAAAGAACAAAAGUAUGCUGAGCAUGUUGGGGGAUAACAUGUUGGAUCCUAAUAUAGCUGCAGAAGAGGGCCAGGAAAUAUAUAAAAAACCACCACCAAAGAAGAAGAGAAAUUUUGAAAGAGAUGGCAGAGGUGGAGGGCAUAACAAUCAUGAUAGGGGAAACAAUAAGAGGAAGAAUCAAUCCCGGGAUCACAAUCAGGAUCAGCCCAAGAAAAAGCCACUGCUAAAAACUCCAAUGGAGGAACGACCUAUAUGUAGAUUCUACAAAGAGGGGAAGUGUCAAAAGGGUUAUGAUUGUCCAUUCAAUCAUGAAAAGAUGCCAAAGAAACCAGAGUUGUGUAAAUAUUACUUGAAUUCAUAUUGCUCCAAAGAAGACAACUGCAUUUUUAUGCACAGUGAAUUUCCAUGCAAGUUCUUUCAUACGGGUCAGGAAUGCUAUGGUGGGGACAACUGUAAAUUUUCCCAUGAUCCCCUGACAGAUGAAACAAGACAUCUUAUUGAAAAGAGGUACAAUAAUCAUGACAAUGAUGCAGAGUUUGAGGAAGACAGACAAAGAAAUAAAAAUCGACCAAGUUUAUUAGGGUCCCCACCAAGACAUCUACUCGUUGAUCCUGCAGUUCAGGAAAGGAUCAAGAAAAUUCCAUCCAUUUUUGAUAUAGAAACUCAUCCACCAAAUCAAAGUCCCAACAAACCUGGGGGUCCACCUAACAUGAUGCACCCUCCCCACAUGCAACCUCCAAGGCCUGGGUUUUACAAUGAAAUGAACAUGAAUCGCAUGCAAGGCCCAGGACCACAAAUGAACCAAGGCCCACCAGGUCCUAGGGGUCCAAUGGGUCCUAUGGGGCCCAUGAACCAAGGACCCAUGAUGGGUCCUAGAGGGCCAAUGAAUCAAGGACCUCCCAUGGGUCCACCUGUCUCCAUGCCUGGGCAAAUGAUGGGUCCUCCCAGGAUGAUGAACCAGAUGAAUCCGGCUUUGAAUCCAGCAGUGGCAUUAGUCGGGGCAUUAUUGCAGCAUGCAGCAGGUGUAAGGCAACCUAAUGCGAGUACAGGGGGUCCAGUGCCAAAUCAGCCAAUGGGAAAUUUUCAGGGCCCAGGAGACCAUCAGGAAGGAAUAUUUCCUGGACAUCCAGACCAAGCUCACCAGUUUCAAGGACCAGAUCUACAAGGCCCUGGUCCACAUUCAGGAGAGAAUAUGGAGGGUCAGGGUCAAACAUUCCAAGGCAGCAACAGAGAAGAUGGGGAUGACGAUAAAAGAGAGGAUAAAUCAAAAGACACAGACCCAAAUAAAGAGAAGUUGGCAAUGCUCGGAAUUGAAACUGAUGAUUACUUAACCUCAAAUCAAAAAGAACUGUUUGAAAGAAUCAACAAGACAACUGAAGGAAAAGAUGAAAGUAAAGAGAACCAAGCACUGAAUUCCAAGCCCGAUGUCAUUACAGACAGUGAUUCCAAAGAAAAGGAGGAAGAUGACAAUUGGUACUCAAGUGAUGAAGAGGAUCAGAAAGAUUCCAAAAAACUUACAGAUGUACUCAAAAAAAUCAACAGACAAUCUUCCACCCCCCUCAGUCCACAGGCCACUAAUCCUCCAUCUUCCACACCUAGCACAAUGAAUAUAAUGCAAAUGAUCAAUGCCAUCAAAACUAGCAGUUCUGGUGCCACUUCCCCACCAGCAAGCUCUGCCACCUCUAUGCCAAGAGAUCCUCGUAAAAGACAGGAUCCAAGGUCAUUUGGAAAGUCAGGGGACAAAUCCACUCCUCCCAUUAUUCCUAUUGAAUCUCAAGACUCGCCAUUUGAACCUCCUCCCCCAGUGUUUAUAACCUCUAGUGAAGGGGAUGUAAUGUGGAAUGUCAUACCAGUGACAGUUGAAGGUUCUCCCAAGAUACCUCCUCCCGGUAUCAAUCUUGCUGAUCCAAAGUACAAAAGUGAUCCAAGGAUUCAAAAACUGUUGAAGGUGGCAGAGGCCACUAGGGGCCAGUCUGUGGAGAUUAAAACAGAUGGGCAGAAGCAGGUUGACCCACGAACUGGUCAGCCUGUGAAAUCGGGGGCCUCUCAAGGGGAUCCUCGUUUGAAACCUGGAAGUGAUUCUGGAAAACCCUGGGAUCCACGACUAGGAAGAACAAAUUCUGAUUCAGGUGCUCCUGCUGUUGACCCAAGGUUACAGCGUACUCCUUCAAAUCCACCAAUGGGUGUUCAUUUUCUGCCUAUGAGGCCUUCUGUAGAUCCAAGAAUGGGCAGACAGAUAAGUAACACAGACAGUUUAGGCUCAAUGGGCCCUCGUUUCUCGAGACAAAAUAGCUCAAGUGGUGUCUCAAGGCCAGCUGAUCCCAGAAUGGGCAGACAAAUUUCAGAACAACCUGUUGAACAAAGAUCCACAGGACUUUUACCUACUCCCCCUAUACCACCUCUCCCAGCAGCUAUUGCCAAUGAUCCAAGGCAAAAUAGUGAUCCAAGGAAGUUUGGAAGACAAAACUCUACUCCUGAUCCAAACAGUGCUAUGUUACCUGACUUGAGCCUCAAACCUCUCGGUGAACCAUUAAUUAAUCCAAAAAUUGACCUUUUACUGGACGAUGAAAGUCUCCAAAAAAUGUCAAUGGACAGGCAGCUUAGUCAAUCAUCAAAUGAUUCAGAGAAGGGAAGUGGAGACUCAGCUGACAAACCAAAAUUAGACUACCGCAAUGAUCCACGAUUCAAGCGAAAGCCAGCAGGCAAACGUAAAGGAAGCAUGGAAUAUGCUUCUCCUCUGGAUAGAGAAGAAGCAGGACAGGAAAAUGUCUCAAGUUAUAACAGUUAUAAUCGUCCCCCUCCAAGUAAACCCCCAAAAGUUGAUCCUCGAAUGAACAAAAGUGACCCAAGGACAACUGUUAAACAAGAGCAGAAGGUGCCACAGGAGAAUGUGGGUUCGGUACUACAAGUUGCAGAUGAAGAGGUUGGGGGCUUAACUCCCCCAGGUCCAGACUUGGCAUUCGCAUCAGAAACAGAAAUUAACACUAAGGACUUCUUUAAGACAAUGGAUCCCACAGCAUCACCCUUUUGUUAGAAAUUCAGCACUGAAUUAACAAAAGUAUGUAAGGUCAUUUCAUUUGUAAUUGAGAAUCUGUGCUACUCUUUAGAAUGAAUGAGAAUUAAUGUAUGAAUUGUGUCUAAGAGAAAUAUGACAUGGUAUCAUGAUUAUACAUGUAUGACAAUUCAGUCAUUAAUUGCUGAGAAUUCAAGUUUAAUUUUUGUUGUUGCCAAAUUGUCUACUUACUGACAGAAUUUGUUAUGGUUGUUAAGUUGGACAGCCGUUGUUACAUUGUUGAUUGUGAGAUAGUUGUUGACUUCUCUGGCUUUAUAUCAUGAUGGCUGAUGUGUUCAGUUUGCAAUAUUAACAUUCAUUUUUCACCAAAUUUCUAAGAACAAAUAGGCUUUAGAUACGAUUUAUGUACAUUGUUGCAUUUAUUAUCUAUUUUAUGAAGAUUUUUAAUUGAUUUUUUUUUUCACUGUUUAUAGUAUGUAGUUUUAAGAUCAAAAGAAUAUUUGCAUGUUAACUGGAAUACAUGAACUUGUGGACAGGGUCACAAAUGCUUCAAAUGUUUCCUGGACUUACAGUGAAUAUAUUUUGACAAAGUGCUGUUGAAAUACUUUUGAAUGAUGACAAAUGUAAAUUCAUUUAUGCAACUAAUUCUCACAGGUGUAAAAAAAAAAAAAUAUAUACAAAGUGUAUAAAAAAUGAUCAAUUUUUGAAGAAUUUAUUCAAACAAUGAAUUUAGAAUGUAAACCAAAAUUUUAAACAAAAAUUUAGGGUGUUAAAGGAAAAAAAAAAGAAAAUUUGUAGUAAAUGGGAGCAAUAUCAAAAGGAUGGACUAAAAAUGAAUGAAUGUAAAUGUGUGGUAAUUUUUCAUAACUUUUUUCUACUCCAUUGAUACAGAAAUUUUAUCAAAGGUUGUCUCAUGAAUUUAGGAAUUCAUGUAAAAUGUUCCUUUUGUAUUUUUCAUGUCAUAUUUUGUGUGAUUGGUACAUGUGUAAAUGGAGAAAAUGUUGGUAGAAGUAUGAACAAUUGUAAAGCAGAAUUUAUCUGUGAUGUUGUAUAUUAUCUAUUCCACCCUACAAAAUUAAAAUCAGACAUUUAAAAA